UAAGUACAUGAAUCAGCCGUGGAACCCGCUAGAUCAGAUUCGCAUCCUCUUGGGUCUAACCACCGCCAGUGCCACUGGAACUCCGCCGGUUGAACUAAGACCACCGCUAGACAUCACUACGUUCCGUGGUCGCCUAGUCUCCGAAGGGACUAGAACGGCCGAUAUUUGACCGUCUGAUGGUCCAGAGGAGUCUAGUCACUUGGUCCAUCAGGGGCUAUGGCUCUGGUCCCCGGGUGGGGACUCCGACGACCGAUCUGGGCCCUGUUCGAGUAGUCACCUCCGCGACCGCGUGGGUGGUCACCGUUAGCUCUAAUAUCUAUGCGCUGUUUGAUAUCAAGGAUUUCUCUACUGGAUUGCCCUUAUGUUCGUCAAUCGUUGCCAUGGCCGCGUAGCAUGGCACCUGUGCGAAGGGAUCAGCGUGCGUACGAAAUUUUGGUCGAAUUCGGAGAAAACAUGUCGCUUUUAACUUUUGUCUUCCCCGGUCCUCUUACGCUGCGGCCGCUGGAGAUGUUGUUCAGGCGUGGAAAUCCAGGGACAUCUCCGCUUGACUCAGACCUCCACAUUCUUUCGACGCGAUCCUGCAACGGUGUGGACGCCGUACAGUUCUUUUAUUCUUUUAAUGGACUCGAGACGUGCAUUGGGGAGAGGUCCGCCGCCUAGCCAUUGGCGCAGCGGUCCUCACGCGAUGCGGUCUGCUACAUCGCCUGAAGGCUCUCCACCGGCGCCUCGUAUCCUCCAGCCUUUCACUCGAUCGCCAGCACCCUAUUCCAACUACGAUAUUUACAAUACCCCCGUGCCUCAAGAUUCGCAUCACAAUCAGCGUGGACGCCGUGAUCGCCAGCUCCCGCCAUCCAUUGAAGAGCGGUUGGCACAGCUGGAGUUGCGCCAGCGCGAGUCGGAAGAAGAGAACCAGUGGCUACGUCGACGCAACAAUGAGCUCGAAGCUGAGCUGGCCCGGCCAGUUGUGCGUGGAUCGGGGCGCCAGGGAUACAGUCGUGCGGAGAUUGAUAGCGACGAUUAUGCUCCUGGGGAAAUGGACAUCUUGCCGCCAGCUCCCAAUCCUGUUUUCGAUGACUGCACCGAUGGACCUGUGCCACAAAUAGAGCCUGCUACUCGGCGUCUGGCUCCUUACACUAAACCGGCCAACCCAAUGUCUUCAGUCUCGCAGAACCCCGUCGUACCUUCCGUGCAACCUGCCGCGGGUGCCCGACCGCCGGUGAAGCCAGCUGUUCUUGUUUCUUUGGGGUUGCCUCACAAAGACCUCACAAAGGACCAACAGGAAGUGCGGAGUAAGAUCACACGCCGUGUUGGUUCUACAUUCCGCAAUCUCUGCGGGAUCACAGCACAGGAACCGUGGCCCGACCCGUCUGUUGUUCGGAUCGAUUCAUCCACGGGCGAACAUCUUUUUACUCCAAACUUCCCUGGAGGAGUGACCGAUCGUAACAACGUCAAGCUCAUUGAUGCUGUUGCUGAUGAAGUACUCAGGGAACUCGAGGAUCCCGACUGUCGCCCAGCAAAGUUUGACACAUGUGGAGCAACAGUUGAUCGCCAUCUGCUCCAAGCAUUUGCGAAGGAGUCUUUCAAAGGCUUCAAGAAGCAAUACAAGACCCAAGUCGACGAGGUUGCUCUGGCGAACAAGAUCAAGGCCAAGGCCAAGGACCGUCGGGAGCAGCGGCGCAAAGCGAAACACGGUCAUCGCCUCGAAGCUGUGCCCCAGUACGCGACUGAGCAUAAUCUCAAUGAGGAGGAUAUUGCAGCUGCCAUAGACCCUGAGCACAUGUCUGACGAGUUCUCUGAACCGGACCCAGAUGAUAAAGAUGCUGAUAAACUAGAUUGGGCUGUUCGGAUGGCAAAGGCAACGGGACGAAUGGACGCCACUCGACAGUCAGUGCAAGAUUUGCGUUUCCUUGAGGUAUCCAAACUUGCUUGGAGGACUGAUGAGGCUACAAACUUCAACCUCGAAUUAAGCCAGAUUUACGAGGAUUCGCUCACAGAAACUGACAAGGAUAAACGCAAGUACAUUCGUGUUCGUGGCACCACUCGCAUGUCGAAGCGUGUGCCCAAUAAAGCACCAUUCAAUUUUGCGGUCCGGCCGGAUUGGUUGGCAGAUCAGAUGAAGGACGCCAAGAUGGCACAGUAUUUGACCAGUGCUGGAUGGGGAACUUAUCCGGGUCCUUGUGGGCUUGAUCCUGAUCUCGAGGCAUCUGGGACACCUAGUAAUGUCGAUGCUAAUAACAUGCCCAUCGAGUCUCACAGCAGAUAGGCAAUAGGAGGAGGACAUAAGUAGUUCAGACAUACUUGCAGAUACCCCUAGUUACAGUAAAAUGUCUUUUAAUUGUCACUUUCUUCUUCCUCAAUUUCUGCUGAAAAGCCUGCGGCAAUUGCAGGGGUCAUGAA